UCUUGACAGCAGCCAUGGCUUCCGUUGCGUCCGGAUCAACUCCACCAGCCUUCGAAGCAUCGGCGUCCGAACCGACUACUAUGGCCAGGACCUCCGGUUUCAAGAACUCGUCAUCGAGGAUGCUCCGUGUCUUGAGAAGUUGCUGUGUGCUCAACGUGUAGGCUUCCAUGUAUCCGUCAUGGCAGCACCGAAGCUGGAGACGUUAGGCUCCCUUUCUAAUUGGCCUUCCAAACUCUCCAGGUCCAGACACGUGUUUGGAUCCACGGUUUUUCAGGGGUUGGACCUCGUUAGCUUCACGUCGGCGGUGCGCGGUGUCAAGAUCUUAUCAGUAGAUUUGUUGAUUGGUAAUCUAGAUAUGGUCAUUGGCUUGAUGAAAUGCUUCCCAUGUUUGGAGAAGUUGUACGUAAAGGGCAGUAUAUCAGGAAGAAGGGAAAAGAAUCUGUGGCGCCGUAAGCAUAGGCACCUUAUCCAAUGCUUUGACAGCCAUAUCAAGACACUAGUCUUGGAGAACUACGAGGGCAUCAAGUCACACGUUAGCUUUGCCUCAUUCUUCCUACUGAACGCGAGAGAGUUGGAGUUCAUGAGACUUGAGGUUGCACAGAAAAACUGCAAUGAGGAGUUCUUCGCUGAGCAGCGUGUAAAGCUUCAGGUGGAGGGAAGGGCUUGCAGAGGCGCUCGGUUAGAUUUUGCAUUAAAUAGAUGUCAUUGCCGUAUUAUACACAUCGAUCAUGUUCAUGAUUUAACCAUAGCCGAUCCCUUUGAAUGUACAUGCUGAAACUAUAGCUUCAGUACAU